GUCUAUCAUAGGAUGAAUGAGCCCACACUACUUACCCCGUGACAAGGACCAGAAAAAAUAUUAGCCUGCACGUGAGGGAGGGUAUUGAGGAAUAAUCUCACAUUGUUUGUAGACAAAAUCUUGGACAUAUUUAUAAGGAGUUAACAACUCUCUCUUAUUAAACCGAUUUUAUGAGAUGAGUUAGGCUUACGAAUUUUUUCAAAUGUUUCCGAUUUGAUUAUGUCAAUUACAAUCAAUACAGAUAUAUUCUUAUAAUAUAAAAUCUCACACAAUAUAUUAUAACAGUUUGUUGUCCUGAAAAAGAGAAGGGAAAAAUGCAAAAUCGCUCUAUGUGAUUUACUUGAUUGGCAAUUAACUAAUUGUAGUAUCAAAAUGAACUCAAAGGUCUUAAAAGUAUGCCAAAAAAAUAAUUUAGUUUCUACAGUCAAAUUCCGUUCAUUGACAUAACAGAUUAUGAUAACAUGAAACGUUAAAACUAAUAAAAUUCUGAACUUGUCAUAUUUAAAAAUUUGAUUGUGUGGACUAAAUUGUUUUUUUGACAUAUCUCAAAGACUUUUAAGUUCAUUUUGAUACCAUAGUAAACUAAUUGUAAAUCAGAUAACUACAAGAGACUAAUUUUUCAUUUUUCCAAAAAAAAACAAUUGCAUAUAAGAUUCUCAUGACAGACAAUGCUAUCAAAGCACCGCACGUUCUCAGCGAUCUCGCGAUAGUCAACGACUAUUAACGCCCGUCCAGUAGUAGCAUGAUACUGAUAGGCUGAUAGCAUCUAUUUUCAACGGAAAUCUUAGAAUUGCAUCCAGCAGCCAAUGAAAGAUCAAACUUUCACGCACAACGUCCCGCCAACAACUGCCCUUUCACACCGUUGAAUACCAAACCAUCCCUUCGCUCCAGUAGAAGAAUGAGACUCGGCGGAUAUGCACUCUGUUUUCCCCUGCUCCCAACUUGUCUUUUCCACCCACAAACGGUCAUCUCAUCUCUCAAUCAACACAAAUAUCAUCAAUACACUCCACACCUCCUUUGCGUCUCUUUAUCAACUAUUUCAUCUGCCAUUUUCUCCAUUUAGAAAGCUCCAUAUUCCUUUCUUGGAUUCGGAUCCCACCCAUUUGCUUUCAAAUGAAGAGAUAAAUUUGGUGUCAUUUUUUUUUUUUUGCAAAUUCACCAUUAAAUUUAUGAAAUUUAAUGCUCAAAUUACUAAUAGUCCAAAUAUAUUGCCUCCCUGGAUUUAGAGAAAGUCAAGAGUCAACAAACAAGCAAGUAGGAGAGGUUACCUCUACAUAAGGACUAGCUUGCUCAAUCAAUUCCAAUUCCAAAAAACAAACAUGGAAGAAGAAACUCAGCCUCGCAAAUUCGCACUUCCGGUGGACUCAGAGCACAAGUCCACCGAAUUCAGGAUAUUCUCGGUGGCAGCACCCCACAUGCGAGCAUUUCAUCUGUCUUGGAUCUCUUUCCUCGCUUGUUUUGUGUCUUCGUUUGCUGCUCCGCCGCUCCUCCCAAUCAUACGCGACAACCUCAACCUCACAUCCACAGAUAUUGGGAACGCUGGGAUUGCGUCAGUUUCCGGGGCAGUCUUUGCCCGGGUUGCCAUGGGCUCUGCUUGCGACAUGUUUGGUCCUCGCCUUGCCUCUGCCUCACUCAUCCUCCUCACUGCACCGGCAGUUUUCUUCACUUCCAUUGUCUCAUCUCCUACCUCUUUUCUCCUCGUCCGCUUUUUCACAGGCUUCUCCCUAGCCACUUUCGUCUCAACCCAAUUCUGGAUGAGCUCUAUGUUCUCUGCUCCGGUAGUCGGUUCCGCCAACGGUUUUUCAGGUGGGUGGGGCAACCUAGGCGGUGGAGCGACGCAACUCAUCAUGCCCAUUGUGUUUGCCCUCAUACGCGACAUUGGUGCAGUCAAAUUUACUGCUUGGAGGAUUGCUUUCUUCAUUCCUGCUCUGUUUCAAACAUUGUCAGCAUUCGCCGUUUUAAUCCUCGGACAGGACAUGCCAGAUGGGAACUUCUAUGGGCUGCAGAAAUCUGGAGAGAAGGCAAAAGACAAAUUUUCAUGGGUUUUCUAUUACGGGAUCACAAAUUAUAGAGGGUGGAUUCUGGCGUUGACUUACGGCUAUUGCUUUGGAGUAGAGCUCACAAUAGACAACAUCAUAGCAGAGUACUUUUAUGACAGAUUCAAUCUAAAACUCCAUACUGCAGGAUUAAUAGCAGCAAGUUUCGGGUUGGCGAAUCUCUUCUCUCGACCCGCAGGAGGGUUUAUCUCGGAUGCAAUGGCAAAGAGAUUUGGAAUGAGGGGAAGGCUUUGGGCCUUGUGGGUGACGCAAAUGAUAGGAGGUGUGCUCUGUUUACUUCUCGGGCGUGUGAGCUCUUUAAGUGCAUCCAUUGUUGUGAUGGUUGCCUUCUCUUUGUUUGUCCAAGCUGCAUGCGGCCUCACAUUUGGGGUGGUUCCUUUUGUCUCUCGAAGGUCACUGGGGGUGGUUUCCGGAAUGACAGGAGGUGGGGGAAAUGUGGGUGCAGUUCUCACCCAACUAAUUUUCUUUAGAGGAUCCAGAUAUUCAAAAGAAACAGGGAUAACUCUAAUGGGUGUCAUGAUCAUAUGCUGCACCCUUCCAUUAUGCUUGAUAUACUUCCCACAAUGGGGUGGGAUGUUUUGUGGUCCAUCAACUAAAACGCACGCCACUGAAGAAGAGUAUUAUAUGUCUGAAUGGAAAUCAAAUGAGAAGGAGAAAGGUUUUCAUCUACCAAGCUUGAAAUUUGCUGAGAAUAGCGUAAGCGAAAGAGGCAGAAAAGAAGACUCUGCAACCAGGCCCUCUGAUGAGGCCUCACCAGCACAUGUUUAGCUCUAUAAUGGCUAGAUUGCUUUGCCAAAUAACAUGUGUAUUUGUUUUUAAUUAGCAAGUGCAUUUCUUUGUUGUUAGCUCCAAACCUAGUAUUUUGUUUUUAGAUAGAGAUCUUUAUUAGGGCUUUUUUAUAUUUAUGGUCUAAAUUGCUAGUCAAUUUAAGCAACAAAUUGCUGAAAAUUCAGAUUUUUCGUUUCUUGGAGCGGAAAUGGGAAUAUGUAACUAUUGAAUUUUCACAUGAAAGCCUUUUGAAGCAUCACUUCUA